UGUCUCAUUCCGUUAAUCACGCCGUGCUCAUGAGACGCCGAAGAGGAACCGGAUCACCGCAUCCUUGUUAAACGGCGUCUGUUUGUCGGCGUGCGUCGAUCUGCGUUGAGGAAGAAUGCUGGAAAACAAGAGGGAGAGACUGAAAACCUUCCUGAGAAAGAUCGACGAGAGCGCCAUAUCGCGAAUCAAGCAUUUGAUGAAGGAGAGCUAUGCGGUGGACGCCGGGAUGAUUCCUGCCAAGGCCAAGAAGGGGAGGACGAAAGGCAAGCUGGGGAGCAGGAAAGCAUUGAGUUUGGAGGAGAAUCAGCUGGAAGUUCAGCAGCAGACCAAGAGCCUGAGCCGGCAGGUCCCGCCCAGGUCUCACACUCUGGAAGUGGACAGUCCUUUAGAGAGAAGCGACAGCCUCAACUCAAGAAGUAGUUUUAUGAAGCACAACAAAACAUUCCACAAACUCUUCCCAGAGAUCCCGGAGACUGAAGAUCUGCUGCACGCUUACAUCUGUGCGCUGCAGAAGGAAGUGCCUUACCACGGCCGUCUGUACAUCAGCGACAGCAGCCUGUGCUUCUUCUCCUCUGUGCUGCUCAAAGACACCAAGCUGAUCGUCCCCGUCUCCAGUGUGACCGUCCUGAAGAAGCAGAACACAGCGCUGCUCGUGCCAAACGCCAUCUCUGUCCGGACCACAGACGGAGAGAAGUAUUUGUUCGUGUCUCUGAGGAACAGAGAAGGCUGUUAUAAGCUGCUGCGAGCCGUCUGUCCUCAGCUGCUGGACGGCAGUGCCAACAGCAGCCCUCUCCUGUCGUCAGCCGAGAACAGCUUCGAUCAGGCCAAGCCGGUGCAGAGCUCCAGCCAGUCCAGUCUGGACGACUCGUACGAGCUGUGUCCUCCCGUCCAGCUGUCUGCGUCUCCACUCGCUGCAGAAAACACUGCCAGUAAAAGCCAGCCGCAGACGCCAGACGAGAGCUCGAGCGAGGAAUACACCGGAAGCUCGUGGGUCUGGAACGUGACGGACAGAGCGCGAUCUCUCCUCAUCCAAAGAGAAAUCAGCAACCUCAACACCCUGCUGCUCAUCUACUUAAUCCUGGUGUUUCUGCUUUUGUUGUCGUCUGGCUAUAUCGGCCUUCGUAUCGUGGCCUUAGAAGAGCAGCUGACGUCUCUCGGAGCGCUUCCCGAAUUCACCUUGCAAAGCGGGUACAAAGAAACGUAAGAGAUCUCAUCCAUCAGAGCUUUGGAAAGAACCACCAAAAGAAACCCUGCCGCUGCAGGGAAUGCUGGGAAGGACCUUUAUUUGCAUAUGCACCAGCUCCAGAACUCUCGAACUGAACUUCCUUUUCUGUGUCUGUGCCAAGAAAACCACCAAAGGGCAAGUGCUUACGAGAUGCUGGUGUUGACUAAACCCGGGCAUGUCUUCCCUCGCAGCCGUUCGGUUCAUGUUCGCUCUGCAGCAACUCGCCCAGAACCAACCAAAGACAACCGGUUUGUCUCGGAGGACUCACAAAGGACUACAAAAACUAACUACUUCUGUGGGAAAGCAUUUCGUCAGUUAUUACUCAUUGCAUUGACCUUUUACAACAAUCCAAAAAAAAAGUGCGAAGAACUUUUUUAUUUUCUUCCUAACUUCCGUAAUUUUGAUGACUGUCUUUUUCAUCAGUCUUUCGGUUUCCUCCUUUCUCUUUACGUUUUUCCGUACAAGGGUUGCACUAUUACUGGUUUUCGGUUUAAUGAUUUAAAAAAACUUGAGCUAGCUAAACAACGCUUACUCCUUUGUACCACUUUUAUCACCAAAAAUAGUCGCAAAUAUAGAAUACGAUUUUGCGAUAUUACUGGUUUGGGUUCAACGAUAAAAAGAGCUAGCUAGCCAACUCUUGCUUGUUGCAGCACCUUUGUUUGACCAUCAAAAAACUUCCCAAAUAACCUUCAUCCAUUUUCUUUUGUCCCAAGUAACUUAUUUUUGAUGGCUUGCUUUAUCUUGGUCCUCUUUCGUUUUCAUUCUUCCUCUUUUGUUGUGUAAGGGCUUGUGAUAUUCCUGGUUUCAUUUUAACGAUAAAAAAGAGCUAAGCUAGCUAGCCAACCCAUACUCAUAGCAGCGUCUUCAUUUGAUCAUUUACGACCAUCGAAAAAAGAGAGACUAAUAUUGAUGUUGUAUAAGGGGUUGCGAUAUUACUGGUUUUGGUUUAACGGUAAAAAAAAGAGCUAAGCUAGCUAGCCAGCCCUUCGUAUUACUGUAUGUAUAGUCUAUGCAGAAGAAAUGUUCAGAUCAGGUAUUUAAAUAAUUGUAAUAUUUCUUGUCUUUUAAUACUCUAAAAAGGAGACGAAGUAGACGACAUGUUGGUCUUUUCGUAAUCCAAAUGAAAAAAAAAAAAAAGAUUGUAUUGUGCAAGAAGAUGGAUGUGGUAUUGUUAAAUGUCUGAUUUGUGGCUAAAGCCAAGCAUGCAUGUUCGCGCAAACCCAAAUGGAGCGAUUCCAUUCAGGACUCAUAACAAGACGAAUAGCGAUACUUGACGAAAAUAACAUGGUCCAAAAAAUGCAUGAUUUUGUGUGUGUGUGUGUGUGUGUUCAUAUGUUGCAAUAUGUUCAAGAGAUGAGACGUUUAGCCGUUCGAGUGCACUUUAUAGUGUGGGGACGCUCUCCAGUCCUAAAGGGGGCGCUAUAUUGGGGGUCUGGGGCAUUGGAUGGUGCUAAGAACCUCUCGCUCAGGGCUGGGACUGACUUGCAAUGCAUCAUGGGAUUGCUGCACCUCAGUUAAACUGCAAAUGCUGAUGGAUUAAACAUGGAUGGACUGCAGAUUUCCUGGGAAUAUCUUGUGCGAAUGAAUGCAUGCUUUCCCUAAAAUGGAGAUCCCUUGUGUGACUGAUCCGUGCUAAAAUGGAUUUGCACAUUUCAUCCGGUCGCCGGGCCUCAAAGUCCCCUGAACGACUGUCUAAUAACCACAAUGCAAGAAUUCCAACUUUUAAUAAUUGGUUUAUAUUGCACUAUUGAGGUGUCGUUGUUUUUGUAUCAAUAUGUUGGUAAACAUCUUGUUUGGUAUAUUUAUUGCCUAAUGUGUAAUUCAAAGUGGUCUCUGUGAGACUGGCUUUGGCAUUGUUUGAAUAAAUCAACUGCUAAGGAAA